AUGGGUGAAAGUGCGCAUAUAAUCAAAGAAAUGUAUGACUGUGAUUUGUUGGAGGAGGAUGUUAUUGUGAAGUGGUAUGAUAGGGUUAGUGGUGAGGGUUAUUUGCAGUGUGUUAAGAAGGGGAAAUAUUUGGGACUGAUGAGGGUUGUUCAGCCAUUUAUUCAGUGGUUAAAAGACGCGGAAGAGGAAGAGAGUGAGGAUGAUGGAGCAGUCGUCAUAUCCUCCACUGGUGCUACGGGAAUUCAGAAUGUGCAAACUGAGGCACCGGUUGUACAGGAGCAUGAGCAGCAUGAAGAAUCGGAUGUCGAUAUUAAUAUUGACGAUAUCUAA